AACAUGUCUGGGGAACUUUCCUUUUACAGAUCCGACUCGUGACAUUCGGAGAACCACGAACAGGAAAUGUUGCCUUUGCAAAGGAGAUUGAGGAACACAUCCAAUUCCGCUAUCGAGUAGUAAAGAAAAACGACUUCAUUGCAAGCGUACCAAGAUCAGCGGACCCAGCAGCAUCUCUUUUGACAGCCACAAUGUAUGAGAGACAACCGCUGUUUUACAGAUAUCUAGUGCAUUACGAUAAUAAGAUGAAAAAAGGCGACACAUUCAAGAUAUGUGAACUUUCUGACGAUUUUGGUUGUCGCAACACGAAUUUCGCUUAUGAUCUCGAUGACCAUCGAACGUACUUCCAUAUAGACUCAGACAAGUUUAUAGAAGAAGGAUGUCCGCGUGAUCACUUUGCAUUCACUUCGGCGAAGUACGGGCAUGAUGAAGUUCAGAGGCCCUGCUUUGCUGAGAAUAUCAAAAACACACAAACACCAGAGCCAAAGUAUUUAUUCCGACAGCGGAAGAGCUCAAACGUGGGAAAUUUAGUUACUGUUUCCCAUGGUAGUUUGAAUAGGGAAGCAAAACAAGCAAAAGUAAACGAACAACGAACGAAGCUAUCAUUAACGUCACGUACCAUGAAGAAUCUGGUGAGAUUCAAUCUUUCACAUGCAGAAGUUCUUGGAAAAAGUUUUCAAAACUGCCGUGAUCGCAUAGGCAGAGAUUAG